CGCCGCAAUGACUCCAAAUUCAACGCACAACGAAUCGUCGUUGUCAUUUGUCGACAGCUUCUGGGGAAAGGAAUUAAAUGGCAUCGAUACGCUAUUCCGUCGUAUGGAGUCUGGCCACCAAACGUGUGAGAAUCUCUAUGCUAUAUACAUGGGAAGAGCCAAGGUCGAAGCUGACUACAGCAAUCAUUUAUCGGUUAUUUCACGUACCGUCCUCUGCGACGAAGGAGAAACUGGAGACAUAGUAAGGGCAUUGGAUGUCUUUAGCAACGAGAUGGCCACCAACGGACAAUCACAUUUGGAAUUGGCUCGUAAAAUUGAGUCCGAUAUUGCCGGUCCUCUACAAAACUUUUCACAAAAUUAUAUCGACCUUGUCAGUGAAUGCCGAAACCGAAUUGACGAACUUUGCGAUACCCGCGAUAGGUUUGCUGCUGUUAUAGUUGAGACGGGCGAUCGAUUUACAGCGGAGCAAAAACGACUAGGAGCAGAUAGAAACAGUAGAGCGUCAAGAUUUGCGCAAGAACGACUACGAGAAAUACAAUACCAAUCUGCGAUUGCGAACUUUGAAGGGUCUGUGAAGGAGUUACACGACAUAUGGGGAGACUGUUGCACUGUUUUGCAAGAUUUAGAGGAACAGCGCAUUGAGCUGUUGAUACUCAAGAUGUGGGAGUAUGCCAAUCUAUACUCCGCCAAUCUGUUAAGCGAGGACGAUACCUAUGAGAGCAUACGACAAAGUUUGGACAAGUGCAAGAUACAAGAUGAGAUUGAAACAUUCAUAUCUGAGAAAGCGACUGGCAGGGAAGUCCCAGCCCCUUUGGACUAUCUACAAAAGUAUGUUCAGCAUAAUGGAAAAGGAAGAGAAGUUGAGGAAAUACCUGAGCCUCAACUCCCUGUAAAUAAGACUUUGCCACCGCGACCGGAUCGAGCUCCUACGGUGACCAAAAAGACCUUGGCCAAGAUACAAACAAACUCGGUUAGACAGCAACCAACGGUGGCUAAAGAACUUCCAGGAUUCGGUUCAAAUAAACGCAUGGACAUUCGGCGUAAACCAGUUAGCUCCACUAGCUCACCCAUGAAAUCAAGUCCUCCCACUCGAAACGACAAUGACAUGGUGAUGGCUAGCAGCCAGUCUGAGGAUAGCUUGAGGUCAAAGAGCAAGCCUAUUGGAGAACUAGAGGAACUAUUGAAAAGAUUUGAAGGCGGUAAUGAACAACCACAAGAAGCCCCUAGGAAAAACAGAUCAAAUCACAGCGUUCGCCAGGGAGGUACUCCACCUAUGCCACCUCCACGUCCACAUGAGAAGUAUCGACAAUCUAUGGUGGUGGAAAGCGAUUAUUCUGAGAAGAAAAAUCAAGUAAAGACCGCCGAUCGUCGACAAUCUGCCCCACCUCCGUCUAAUACCCAGUCUCGAUCCCUAACUCCCACAUCAAGCUCUUCAACCGACAUUCUUUCUCCUCCCAAGUCACCAAGGCCACAAUCACAACAACUGAGUCCUAGGCUGCCUGACGCAGAAGUUCCAGUUGAGCCCAUAACGCCACCACUGUCAGCCUCCUCUACAGAAAUGUGCCCAUCGCCGGUAUUCUUGCAACAGGCGUACCACCCACCGCAAGAAAAUGACGAAUGGAAAGUGUCAAGUUCUCCUUCUCCAAUUGAGCAGGAACACCAGCAACGACAGCAGUUGCAGCAGCACCAACAGAUGCAACAACAACAGCAGCAGCAGCAGCAGCAGCAGGUUCAACAACAGAUGCAACAACAGCAUCACCAGCAACAUUUGUUGUCUCAGCAAUCACAGUCUACCAGUCAUCUUCCUCAGCAGCAACAACAGCAGCCCACCCAUGGCCAACACUCGAUCCAACAAUCCCAGCAACAGCAGCAUGUAGCUCAAAGUCAGCACAUGAUGCCUCAACAACAGCAACAACCCAUUCAAGGUCAGCCCUUGAUGCAUCAAUCUCAACAGCAGCAACAAAUGGCCGUGCCAUAUGCAAACCAGGGACAGCAGUACAUGAGAAGCCAAACCCUUCCUGCAAACUAUGGAGGAUCAUCCCCAAUGAUGGCACCUCGGUCUCCGAUGAUGAGGUCACCCAUGAUACAGCCAAGAUCACCCAUGAUACAAAAUGGUGCUGUUUCGCCAAUGAUGCAAGCGGCCUCCGCACCACGGCCUACAACCCUUCCAAACGGACGACCAAUAUUACAAUGGGCGGUAGCGAAGUACGACUAUGCAGCAAGGGACAAGACGGAGCUCAGUUUCCGAAAAGGAAGUGUCAUGGCCAUUUUGGGCCCUUCUGAAGACGAAGAUUGGUGGCUAGCCGAUCUCUGGGACGAGCAAAAUCGCUGCUCAUACGGCCACGGUACCGUACCUAGCAAUUACGUGCAGACACUGUAGAUUCAGUAGCGCACAUUAUCACCCUUUGACCUUUUUUUAAAAAUACCAUCUGUACAAUUUCGAAGUGUUUUGUUAAUUUUUCUUCUUUUUUAUGUUCGUUCUUCAAUCGUUCUCUAUA